UUGCCUUAUACGAUACUAUCUCCCCCCCCCCUCCUCCUCUUCCUACAUCUCUCCCACCAGGGUAUCCGUUUUGACCCCGAAAGUCCCCAGACCCUGCGCUUAGAGUUUGCUAAAGCCAACACGAAGAUGGCAAAGAGUAAGCUGAUGGCCACACCGAACCCCACAAAUAUCCACCCCGCUCUAGGAGCUCACUUCAUUGCACGGGACCCAUAUGAUCUGACCGGGGCAGCUCUGAUCCCGGCCUCCCCGGAUGCCUGGACCCCGUACCCCCUCUACACCACGGAGCUGACCCCCGGCCUCCCCCACGCCGCCUUCAGCUACCCGGCGGCCGCCGCCGCCGCCGCCGCCGCCGCCGCGCUGCACGCCCAGAUGCGCUGGUACCCUACUCCCUCCGAGACUUCCCAGCCUGGAUGGAAGUCACGGCAGUUUUGUUAG